GCUAAAAAACAUACAAAUGUAUAUGUGAAUCUGUGUGCGCCAUCGAUUCCAAAGUUCUCAGAACCCGAGGUUUUGUUUUCUCGAGUCUUGGUAGUUUUCGUCAAUUCGAAGUUCAUAAAGCGUAUGAUAUUCUUUCUAUCUGUGUUUUCGUAGAAAGUUGUAUUAGGGUUUUGAUUUUCAAGAGUCGAAUUAGAAAUCGGAGAGUGAUGGCUCAAGCUGUUGAAGAAUGGUACAAACAGAUGCCUAUUAUCACCCGUUCCUAUCUCACUGCUGCAAUCGUCACCACCGUCGGUUGCUCCCUCGAUAUAAUAUCUCCUUAUAAUUUGUACUUGAACCCUAAGCUUGUGGUCAAGCACUAUCAAUUCUGGCGUCUCGUCACCAAUUUUCUCUACUUCCGGAAAAUGGACUUGGACUUCCUAUUUCACAUGUUCUUUCUUGCUCGAUACUGCAAGCUUCUCGAAGAGAAUUCCUUCAGAGGAAGGACUGCAGAUUUCUUUUACAUGCUCUUAUUUGGUGCCACCGUUUUAACGGGAAUCGUUCUUAUUGGGGGAAUGAUACCUUAUGUCUCAGAGUCAUUUGCAAAGAUUAUAUUCCUUAGCAAUUCCCUUACAUUCAUGAUGGUUUAUGUGUGGAGCAAGCAAAAUCCUUUUAUCCAUAUGAGUUUCUUGGGCCUCUUUACAUUCACAGCAGCUUACCUUCCAUGGGUUCUUUUAGGAUUCUCUGUCCUCGUCGGCGCUAGCGCGUGGGUGGAUCUGCUGGGAAUGAUUGCCGGGCAUGCAUACUAUUUUCUUGAAGAUGUGUAUCCACGAAUGACAGGACGUCGACCCCUGAGAACUCCAUCGUUUAUCAGAUCAUUGUUUGCAGAUGAGCCUGUAGUAGUGGCGCGGCCUGCAAAUGUUAGAUUUGCUCCCCCACCUGUAGAGGAAGUUCAGCAAAAUUAAUCAGACUCACCGGAAGACUAGACUAAUGGGAGCUGCCCCCUGCUUAUGUUGAUAUCUUUGUAGAAUUAGAUGGGAAUCCAGGUGAAAGUAUGUUCAGUCCAUAUACAGGAAUACUUUUGAAGCAUGUUAACUAUGGUUAUCCCUUUCAGAGCUUAUCAUGAUAAUUUGCAUGAUGUUGCUGCCAUUUUUGGCAUGUGGGUUUGAAGAUGGUUUUUUUGUAAUUUAAAUUUGGAUGGGAUUUGAUACUUUAUAGCAUCUGGCAUAACAGGAAUUUUUCUUAAAAUUACAGCCAACCUUUUCCAAUAAAGUUAUCUUGCAUUUUGUUUCUA